CGGUUUCAGCAGCACAAAAAAUACACAGAGAUUUAGUCAGUAUAUUUUUGUAGCUUUUAACCUGAAGGAGAUAUUUACAAACUUUUGCAGCAAAAGUUAGCAUGAGAUUCUUUCAAAACAAGUUCCCCGAUUACCAGGAAGGUGGUAAGGUUGAAAUAGACCCCUCAAAAUGGGUUCCCCAAAUUUACUCAAUUGUAGAAUCCAUACAAGAGGGCAUGCCCCCUGUCUUUGACAACUGUGAUGGCGGCAUUUAUGUCGGAAAUUCAGGUAUAGCGUACAUGUUUUACUAUAUUGCACAAAAUGAUGCAUUCAAGGACAAGCGUUCUUCAUUCUUGGAACAAGCUGUAUUGUAUGCCAAUAUGGCAAAUAGUUCAAACUAUGGCCAGGAUAAAGCAUCAUUCAUCUUAGGAGCUGCUGGAGUGCAUGCCGUCACAAGUCUAGUUUAUGAUGCCAUAGGGUCACCACAUAUUGCAGGAAAAUGCUUGGAGAAAUUUGCAGAACUCUCGAAAAUUUGUUCACCAAUAAAUUUUCUGAGGUGUGGUUCAGAUGAGUUGUUUGUGGGCAGAGCUGGUUACUUGUGUGGCGUUCUCAAUCUGCGACAGAAACUUAAAAACCAGACUGUACCAGAUGAUGUAGUUAACCAGCUGUGUUCUGUAACAGUGGCAUCUGGUCAGCAAUACAGAGGCAAAAAUCCAUCUGUGCCACUGAUGUAUUCUUACUACGACACAGAAUAUUUAGGUGCUGCUCACGGUCUCUCCUCCAUCCUGCAGAUGUUGAUCAGUUUCCCCAGCUUUGUGAAGUCCAGCCAUGAGACAGAAGCCCUGUUGCGGUCCGCAGUAGACUUCAUGCUAUCCCUCGAGCAGGAGAACUUCAACUACCCACCUGCAAUGGACGAGGUGAAAAGGCAGCGACCUGAUAAGGAAGAGCUUGUGCACUGGUGCCAUGGAGCCCCUGGUGUAGUGUAUCUGUUUGCGCGAGCCUACAAGGUCUGGGGUGACCAGAAGUAUCUUGAUGUUAGCCUGCGCUGUGGGGAACUGACCUGGCAGAGGGGCCUGCUGAAAAAGGGGCCAGGGAUCUGUCAUGGGGUGGCAGGCAGCGGAUAUGUCUUCCUGCUGCUAUACAGAUUAACAGGGGAUCAAAAGCAUCUGCAUCGAGCCCUGAAGUUUGCCGAGUUCCUGUUCAUGCCCGAGUUCCAACAAGCGCGAAUUCCGGACAGUCCAUACUCGCUGUAUGAGGGAUGGGCUGGAACAGUGUGUUUUCUGGCCGAUCUACUCCAGCCAGAAAAAGCAGAAUUCCCGUUCUUCAAUGUUUUCAUGGAGUGAGGCACAAAUGGAACUGUUUUUUGGACAUGUUUGAUUGGUUUAGUGUUUUCUUGUAGAAAGGCACCAAUAUAACUGUUUUGGAAGGUUUUUUAUUGGUUUUAGGUUUUCUUGUAGAAAGGCACCAAUAUAACUGUUUUGGAAGGUUUUUGAUUGGUUUUAGGUUUUCUUGGAGUGAGAAACCAUUGGAACUGUUUUUGGCAGGCUUUUGAAUUGGUUUUGGAGAUGAUUUUAUAAUGCACAAUUGUCCAAUUCUUACAGUUCUGUAGCUCUCAUGCUUUUCAAAAUAUAGUGAAAAGGCCUUUAGACUAGCUUGCAUGACUAUACUCUUUGUAGAAUUAAAAUUAUCUACAAAAAAGGGCAACAUUUUAAAUAAAUCAUGACAAUGAAAACAAGAUCAGACAGUAAAUAAGAUUUAGAAAGAAAACUUAACAAACCAUAAUCUACAUGUGUAUCAGUACACUGAUUUUUCAGAUAAUGUUAAGUACUGCUUUCAAUACCUUUGAUCGUGCUCUUGUGUUUUUAUUGUAUUUCUGUAUUUAUUGUAAAAACAUGCUUGUAUGAACGUUGUAUAUAACUUCGGGAUAGGCAUUUUAAUUGUUGGUAACAAGAUCUGUAACUGUUGUAGCUGUAGCUGUUGUUAGCUCCCUUUGACCAAAAUUACUGAGGUAGUCAGUUAUGUGUUAAGUAUAUGAGUAUCACUCUGGGGAAAUGGAGCAUAUCGCAUGUAUUAACCCUUUGCAUGCUGGGAAAUUUGUCGUCUGCUAAAAUGUUGUCUGCUGAAUUUCUAUAAUUAGCAUUUUCUUCGAUUUUUUUUCAAAGAAUACUAUCAGAAUAGCAAACAGUUUGGAUCCUGAUGAGACGCCACAUUCUGUGGCAGCUCAUGCCAAACACAUACAAUAACAUAAAUACGCAUAGAUCUGCAUACUUUGUAAAUGGAAGUCAUAAAUAUUAUGCUUUCUGAACUGAAAACACAUUGUAUUUACUGAAAAAUGUGGAGAUUUUUUAUUUAUAAAUUAAUAAAAAUUGUCACAAUACUAUAUUCACAGUAACAUACACUGAGAGUUUUGCCGGUGUAUACGUUUGUAUGCCCCCUUUCGAAGAAAAGGGGGCAUAUGGUGAUCGGACUGUCCCUCUGUCCGUCUGUCUGUCUGUCCAUCUUUCCGUCACACUUUGCGUUUAGGUUUGAAAAAUGCUCAUAACUUCUAUGUCCCUUGAGAUAUAACCUUCAUAUUUGGUAUGCAUGUGUAUAUUGACAAGGCCUUUCAAUAUGCACAAAAAAAUUUACCCCUGUGACCUUGACCUUGAACUUAGGGUCCGCAUUUAGGUUUCGAAAUCUGCGUUUAGGUUUCGAAAAAUGAUCAUAACUUCUAUGUCCCUUGAGAUAUAACCUUCAUAUUUGGUAUGCAUGUGUAUAUGGACAAGGCCUUUCCAUACGCACAAUUUUUUUUACCCCUGUGACCUUGACCUUCGACUUAGGGUCCGCGCUUAUGUUUCAAAAUCUGUGUUUAGGUUUCCAAAAAUGCUCAUAACUUCUAUGUCCCUAGAGGUAUAACCUUCAUAUUUGGUAUGCAUGUGUAUAUGUACAAGGCCUUUCCACGGGCACAAAUUUUUUUACCCCUGUGACCUUGACCUUGAACUUAGGGUCUGCGUUUAGUUUUCGAAAUUUGCGUUUAGGUUUCGAAAAAUGCUCAUAACUUCUAUGUCCCUUGAGAUAUAACUUUCAUAUUUGGUAUGCAUGUGUAUAUGGACAAGGCCUUUCCAUACGCACAACAAUUUUGACCCCUGUGACCUUGACCUUGAAGUUAGGGUCCGCGUUUAGUUUUCGAAAUCUGCGUUUAGGUUUCGAAAAAUGCUAUAAACUUCUAUGUCCCUUGAGAUAUAACCUUCAUAUUUGGUAUGCAUGUGUAUAUGGACAAGGCCUUUCCAUACGCACACAAAUUUUGACCCCUGUGACCUUGACCUUGAAGUUAGGGUCCGCGUUUAGGUUUCGAAAUCUGCGUUUCGGUUUUGAAAAAAGCUCAUAACUUCUAUCAAGCGUUUAUAGGGGGCAUAAGUCAUCCUAUGGUGACAGCUCUUGUUGUGUUCUAGGUUAUAUCUUGAUACGGGCCUUGGAAAACCAAGCUUAAUGCAUGUGUGCAUGUGUUAAAAGGUAUCGUCUCAGAUUAGCCUGUGCAGUUCGUACAUGCUUAUAUGGGACGACACGUUCCGAGAAGAUACGAUUACAAUUCACAAGCGGCUUCCUUUACAUGAAAAAAAUACUUAAAGUUGAAGUGUCACAUUAAGCCUGUGCAGUCUGCACCUGCUAUUGUUGGAAGAUACUUUAAAGCACAUGCAUUAAGCCCGGCUUUCCCAGAACGCGGUUAAAUUAAUCAAGAGUAAAUGCGAACCAUUUCUGUAAAUAACUUACACAACGAUCCAGAAUGUAUGGACGGUAAAUUCAGUGAAUAAGACGAAUUGUUUAGCUUUGCGCAAAUGAACUGUAGUAGAGCGUAGACUUUUAAAGAUAGUGCUUUCAACGCAUCUACCGCACACAUUAUCUGUCUGAAAUAUUUCAUUUCCUUGUUUACGGAAACACACACAAUUUCGUGCUUAAACGUGCUAAUUUAUUGGCGUCGCACUGAAGUGCGGCGACUAGUAUGUAAUACGUUUUUUUUCGCUUAUGGGAGAAGUUAUUUUACGGAUCAAUGUAUAUAUUUUUGUUGUCAGAAUAUCUUGCAUAGUGGUGAUUUUUUGUGUAAAUUAGUUUAAAUAAGUACUGCAUUUGUGCCUAUUACAUUUACUACAACAUUUAUUGCCAAUAAUGCAAAGCUUAUUUUUUAAUUAAUAACUGAUCACAGGGACUGUGCAAUAAUAAAAGAUCACAGGGACUGGGCAAAUACGCGAACCGGUGAAACUUUCUGGUUUUGUAUAAAAACAAAACUUCUUUAAUCCACUAUCAUAGCAACCACCUAGUUACUAAUAAAGGCGCUAUAGAGCGCGAAAUGCGACACGUAUUAUUAAUUGUUAUAAUGAGUCUUGAUAAAGGAAGCAGCCGCUUAUCAAUGAGGAGCACUAUCACAUCACCCCAGUCUCAUUACUAUCAAGUCCUCCUACAGGUUUUUUUAAGAACCACAUAUAGAAGGCCGCGGGCCUGACCCGUAUCUUGCCAGUGGUAUGGACCCUUUGGUAUGGACCUUUACCCCGCUCACUAUCCAGCGUUUAAACUUCCGGGUUUACAUUUAAACCGACUAUUAAUAGCUUAUUAAUAUCUUAGUUAGAAGGUGAUUUUUCAAGCGGUUCCGUUGUGUAGUGGUUACACGCUGGCUUCACAUGUGAGAGGCCCAAGGUUCGAGCCCCAGUAGAAUCAAAUUAUUUUAUUUGUGUUCUAUGUUAACUUUUUGUUUUGAUGUAGACAUUUUAAUUUAAAUAAAUAUGCAGUUUUAUUGUAA